AUGUGUACCGUUUGUCGUAUUCUUGGUCCGUUUUUAUAAAAAAAAAAAAAAAAAAAAAAAGAAAGAAUAGAAAAAGGAAUACGAACAUAAGUGAUUCUUGACAGAGGAGAUUAUUCGGAUAAUUCGACCCACUUACAAUCAUGCACAGGGAUACGUCGAGAAUGGUUUACCUUGAAUUAAUCAUAUUUUUAUGUUCAAUGGUUACUUUUAUGCCUAGCAACUGUGAAACAGAGUCAGAAAAUAGCAAUAGAAAAGCAAGUCUGCCGAAGUUCCUAUCAGAAUUGGAUGUGGGGAGCAUAGAAACAUCAUUAGAAAACGAGGAAUCGUUGAAGAAGAUUGUUAAAAGACUAGCAUCGGAGAAGAAUGGCGAGUACCAAAUUUAUCAAGUCUUCUUCGGCAAUGCGGAUCUUCUCAAGGAAUGGCUCAAAGGAGCGGGCGUAACAGGCCAGCCUGGAGUCGACUUUCCAGCUCUCACGACAAUUCCCGUCACAUCGUUCAGCUGUCGCGGACUGAAAGGUGGUUACUACGCGGACUUGGAGACAAAUUGUCAAGUAUUCCACAUCUGCGACAAUGGCCGCAAGAUAUCAUUUCUCUGUCCGAACGGUACCAUCUUUCAACAGUCGCAGUUGAUUUGCGAUUGGUGGUUCAAGGUGGAUUGCAGUAAAUCUGCGGAGCUUUACGAGCAGAGCAGCGAGGAGUUAGAAGAGGAACGAAGACGAGCCGAAUCGCGAAAAUCGAAAUUGGAUUAUCAACAAUCGAUAGAGAACGGUGGACAGCAGGAUUACUACGACGUUCAGAAUCUCAGUUACGAUGGUAGACAGAAUGGAAGAGUGAAAACGUACGAGCAACCACCGAAAGAAAAUCAAGUGCAGUCUAAUAGAGAGAGAAUUAAAUCAUCCCGACACUUUGAUUCCGGCAACGAUUUCAGUCAAGAAUCCAACGUUCCACGAGAAGGUAAUCAGUUUUACGGUCCCAAUGGAUUCCAGUCGAGUCAAAGACAACAAUUCAAUCAAUUCACGAGGAACACCGAAGAGGGGAAUGUUAAUAGACACCCGACGACGAGCCAGGACUAUUAUAACACCCCUAAGAAAGCGCAAAAUUAUCACGUUACUAGUAGAAACUCGAAUAACCAGCGCGACGAGAAGGGAGCACUGAAGAGAUUGAAAUUCAAGAGUUCUACCAGAGUUAAUUCUGCUCCUACAGUUUCGCAGAGGGUUACACCAGCUUACACCGAAUCGACUACGUUCCGUGCCGGAAACACAACCCCGGCAAAAGAAUCUCAACAGGUCGCAGAAAGUGCGGCGUUCGUUGGUAAUCGUGGAAAUCGGUUCAACGAAAACACCGGCAAUUCCCAUCAGUAUUACUAUCAAGUAUACUCGAACCGUGAUUCUAGCACAAGAAAUUACGAAUCUACGACGACCUGGAGGCAAGAGAAUGAUCAUUAUCCGACGCAGAGGAAUGAUUUUCAAUCUUUUGUUACCACGUCUGUUCCUUAUGAAACGACUCAAUAUGUAACGAGUACUCCACCCCCGUGCAACGAUGACAUCACCACGGAAACAACCGUGGCAACAAGUCCAUCCACGUUCUCCGACACUCAAUCAACCACAGAGCCAUUUUUCCUGGCUAAUAGUAAUUACGAUUAUCGAUCGAGCCAGGGCACCACUGCGAGUCGCAGCACCUUCGUCAGUUAUUACGAUAACAGUAGAGCGACUAAUGAGAACAUUAAUACAGGGACGACCCCAUCGACGACUCGUUCGUACAUAACCACAGACACUUACCGACAGAAUACGGCGACUCCGAGUUCUUCUUACCAAAGAUUCACUAGCAGUCCAUUUGCAACUUCACCCACAGCCUCGGUUCGCGGUAGCAACUUCGAACGCAGCACCGAGUCUCCUGUAACAAGAAACACCAUAGACAAUCAGUAUAAUAAAUUGGAAGGGGAUUCGAAACUCACCAGUAAGAAUCCCUCCACGGUUUCGCCAGAGUACCGGCAGAAUUUCAUCAGCACAACCACGGAGAAACCUUACAGAACUACGGUUUAUCAGGCAAACGCAGUUACCGAAAGGGACCUGAGUCCUUAUGAUAGAAGCUUUACUUACAAACAGGGUAAAGUGAUGUCCACUUUGGGCCCAUAUGUACCGUUCACCAGGAACUAUGUUACCAGUAAUGCUACCACGUUGAAGCCCACUCCGUACACUCCUACAGUGCCCGCAUACACCUCGGCUAAGACCCUGGUACCAAAGCUGAAGUAUCCUGCUCCGACCACCCUGAGCAAGGUCAAACCAAGUCCACGUUUCUCCGAGAGGGAGCACGCGUUGAGUAUGUUGAAUUCCUUGAAGAAUCUGGAACAGAAAGUGCCAAGUUUGUCAGAAACGUUGAGAGUCGAUGAGAGGACCUCCAAUGUGUCUUCCCCUCCAGCUCCUUCGACGCUGCACUCUUUGGCUCUGUAUUUCUCUACAGCCGCUGAGAAUUUCGAAUCCAACGAAACUACCGAUCCGUCUAUUGUUUUCGACGAGGAGAUAGAGAAGUCUGUGAUCUCGAAAAAGAGUAAUGGAACUGUGAAAGUACCAGCAGGACUACUGACCCCAAACACCAUCAGUUCUUACGUUGAAUUGUUUAAAUUAAACGAUUCAUUGGACAAUGAUAAUCAAACGACUGAAGACCGUUUGGAUAAUGCUAGCGUUUAUGGGGAGGAUUACAAUGAUGAUUUAGAAUUGCAGCAAAGUGGAGGAUCCUUGGAUGAGCUUCGAAAGUCGAAUAGCACCAGGCUUAGAGAACUGGCACAGGUCUUCACUCAUGCUUUGUCAGCUUACCUGGUGGACCCAGAUUCGUUUAAGAGGGUGCUCACUGAGAUUAGACCCACUGAACCACCCUCGACCACUGAACAAUGGAGAAUGACUACUGCUCACUCUGGCACUGAUCAGGACGAGGUCCUAGAUUUCUCUGAUGAUAACGACAUCAGGCAAAAAUUGACUACUGAUUAUUCGACUACCUUUGAACCACCUACUACGAUUCAGGAUAAUGUUUAUGAUUCCUUCAGCACGUUACCAAGUACUUAUUACACUAGUCCUAGGACAUUUAUUCAAGACGUCUAUGAAACUGGCACGAACCCUCCAACUGAUGGGUAUUUCGAGACCUCUGCGCCUCCAACGGAGGGCACCUUCACUGCUGAUCAUCCUAGUACUUUUUAUACUACUGACUCGAAUAUAUUCUAUAGUCAAAACAAUGUCGUUUCACCAGUGACGGACAAUUACGUUCCUUCCGAUGAAAAUCAGAGUCGAGUCGGUGGUUUUCAAAAUAAUAGCGUUACAAUCACCACUGAACCAUACGGGAACAAACAAUCGUUCGUUACCACACCUCUGAACGAUAAUCAUCUAGUUUCACCUACUUCGUCUUCGCCAUCGGUAUUUGUGCACAUGGUUACCCAUAACUGGAACAGGAAGUCCACCAGCAAGAAACCUGAACAACAAUUAACUCCUCCGUUAUUUGAAACUCACGCAGAGACAGUUCGUAGAGAUAACGAGAGAAUAUCUACUUCUAUAAACCCGGAAAGUUAUUCGAGCACACCAAUGACUGUACACACUGUACGUUCUACGAGCAUUAAUCAGGCAGUGGUGACUAAUCAGCCUUACAGAAGCUCGCAUCAUAAGUCAUUGAUAUCUGAACCAAAAUCGGUCUUUCCUAUCUCAAGAUCCAGUUACAUGAAAUUCCGAAAUAUUUAUAAUCGACUGGACGAUCAAACUACAGAGAGACCAACGACAGCCAGAGUGACGGAGCCCAUAACGACCACCUACACUCCUGAGACGACACCCUGUGCAAAUGAUCAUUCCACUGAUUCGUUUGAAUCAGUGAACGAAGAAUCGAAAUUAUUGGACAACGAUCAUUGGACAUCUUCACCAGCGGUCACUCGACUUUGGGAGACCUCGGUGUUCGUCGAUCCUCAGAGAAUCAAUCAUGGUUUGGAGUCUGAUUUAGGCACCACUAUCCCAGCGGAUAGUUCCACAGGUAGUCAAGAGAGGCUGGAUUACGAAGGUACUUCUCUUCAGGAAGACGUAUCUGGAAGUUCAGAGGAAUCAUUCUUAGAGGAUCUACCCCUGACGCAAAGAUUAUCCAGGGACAAGGAUUCACCUACAACCUUCUCUUUGCUUCCAACUUCCUUCACGCAAAAUACGGUCACACCUAAGCCUUUAAUUACCACAAGGUCCAGUAUCACCACCACCAUAACUUCUUCCAUCACGUCCACCAAUUCCCUGCCUCAGGAGAGCCUCGUCACUUCCGCCUUACCGUCCACUGUCGGGUUAAAUACAAACGGUACAGAGAAUGAAAUUGCUGAGAAAUUGUUUGGGAAAUUGAAUGUUACCAGUACCAAUACCUUGAUGAGGGUGAUGAAGCAGGCUGAUAAUAAUGAAACGGUCAGGCAAUUGGUCCUCUUGCUGGUACAGCAUUGUACUGAUCUAACGAACAAAACGAUGCAGAAGGAGAAGGAAGAAUUGUUGAAUACGCUUCUUAAACUACCUGUGAACGAGUUUGCGUCAGACGAGUCGAAGAAUAUCGUGGCUGAGAUCAAUCAGCUCAGCUUACCUGCGGUUAGGCCAACCAAUCAGCCGAGGAGCUCGGUGGCCACGGAACCACCGGUGACUACAUUCAGGAGUAGAAAGAGUCGUAAAUUUCGAACGACCACAGAACAUUCAGUGAAUGUUGUGAGGAGAUCGGAGACGUCCGAAGGGAACAAUUUGUUACAGGAAGAUGAGACUUCGGUGUCGGAUAGCAGGGCGUUGGAACUUCUUCGCUCGUUGUACACGAUAGCCACAAAGUGGGGCUGAAAUGAUAGGAUAUGGUGUGUUGUGUCGAUGGG